AACUUUGUUGGAAGUAAUUUUCGCUGGGUAAGAAUAAUCUUGCGUUCACACGUCGCUUGGAGCUUUCGUCAGCCGAAGUUAGGGCGCUGCCUAAGCUGGAGGUUAGGGUUGCUGGGAGUCGAGAGGAGCCAUGGAGGUUUGGGGUUAACGGAACGGUGGUACUGGCGAUAGUGGCGGUAGAAGUGGUGGUGGUGGACGAGGAGGAGGAGGAGGAGGAGGUGCUGGUGGUGGUGGUGGUGGCGACGGUGGCGAUGGUGGUGGUGGCGACGGUGGCGAUGGUGGAGGUGAGUGAGCAACUGCGCAGAUCCCGAAGUCUCUCAGCCACGAGUACGUAGGCAAACUCCGAUUCAGUGAGGACUGACUGUUCCCGUUUGCAGUGCAGCUCGAAAUCUCAGGGAGAAACCGCGGUCUUUCGUCCUCUCUCCUCCUUCUCUCUCUCUCUUUCUGUCUCUCUAUCUCUGUCUGUCCGUCUUUAUCUCUCUCUCUGUACACGUCUCUGUCCUACGUCUAUCCGUCCCGCUUUAACCAUCCACUCUGCCUCUCCCGUGUCUUUUGUUGUUGAGUAGUUUCUCUCACCGCGGCAAAGCGUACGUGUUUAACUUUUCUUCGUUCGACCAAUCGUACCUGUCUGUCUGUCUGUCUGUCUGUUUGUCUCUGACACGAAGCUCGUGCACGAAAGCCGCGUCCUUCGUCUCGCUUUUUUUUUUUUCGCUUAGCCAGUCCAUACGACGACGAGCUUGUCCGUUUGGCUGGCUGAUGUACUACACUAGCAAGCAGGGCUCGUGUCUCGCGCAAAUUCCGACUGUUCCCCAUGGCUAGUCACGUGGCUGGCCAGUGAUUCGAGGGAAUCUGGUUGGACCUCGCGUUUCGGACCUCUCUACGUGCGUUUCGGAUGAAAGGUGCGUGUGCCAGUUGAUCGACGCUUGCUCGACCGUUGGACGAUUCGCACGGGCCGGAAUCGGUGCCCGAGAGAGACGUGAGUGCGAAAUCAACGGUGCACCGCAGGUCGAUGUGCACAACUCCGGGGAGACUUACUGAAACUCCACGUCUGUCGGUGGCAGUUCCAGUCGAGGAGGAGCUCAUAUGGAAUGGCAUCACGUGGACCCUCGGCGACGACGCUGCCAAUCGCGAUAGCGAUGGCCGUCGCGAUGUCAGUGAUGGCGAAUGGUCUUUGCCCGACGCAAUGUCGUUGCGACGACGAGAGCUUGCGCGCUUCCUGCGCUUACGCAGGCCUCGAGGUCGUUCCGAUCCAAUUGAACCCGGAGAUCAGACACUUGGAUCUGUCCAACAAUCGUGUCGGCAAUAUUCACGUCUCGUUCGGCUUCUACGGUAACCUGGAGAGCCUCGAUCUAACGUCGAACGCUAUUCACACAUUGGGCUCGGAGAAUUUCGUCUUCCAAAAGAACCUGGUCACGUUGAACGUAAGCAGUAACGCUGUUAGAGCGUUGGCCAAGAAUUCGUUGCAAGGUUUGGACUCUUUGAAGGAAUUAAAUCUGGCCAGUAACAACAUCUCCGAUAUGGACGAGCAAGCGUUUAAAAGUACCAGCGAGCUGGAAGUAUUGAAUCUCAGCGAUAACUCGAUCACCAGUUUACCAGAGGGAUUGCUGAAGAAUCUACACAAAAUCCGUACUUUAAUAGUGAACAAGAACUCGCUGUUGGAGAUACCGACCGACAACUUAGCACUGGCGCCAAGCUUGAAGAACGUAGACCUGUCCGACAAUCUGAUCCAACAGCUGGACAGAGACUCGUUGCCGUCGUUGCCCUCGUUAAUCUCGUUAGAUCUGGCGAACAACGUUAUCAGGAAUAUCGCCGACGACUCGUUCGACCGUUUACCAGACCUGCUGCAUCUAGAUCUUUCCGGGAACAACCUGACGUCCGUACCGACUUUCGCUCUGGCCAGGCUGAACGUACUGUCGAAACUGAUCCUCAGCCGGAAUCGGUUGGGCGUCCUCGAACCAGGCGGUUUUCGCAAUCUCUUUGAGCUGAGAAUCCUCGAGUUGAACGACUGCGCGAUCGUCAGAGUUCACACGAGAGCGUUCGCCGACAACGUGAAUCUCGAACGGAUCUCGAUGGACGGUAAUCGGGGUCUGAAGGAGCUGCCGCCAAGUAUUCUCUACAACGCGAGAUAUCUGAAAUGGGUCUCGCUACGUCGCUGUAGCCUGUCAACUUUACAACCCACGCAAUUCCCCGUGGACGGUCUGUCGUCCCUCCGCGUUGGCGGCAAUCCCCUGGUCUGCAAUUGCUCGGUGCACUGGCUGUGGAACGUUAUCAGGGCGGAAAAGCGACGGAACGAGUCGAGGCUCGAGUUGGAUACCCACGAUAUUAUCUGCACCGACAAGGAAUUCGCCGGUAAAGCCCUAAUCGCCCUAUCGGAAGGUUCUUUGCGCUGUCAACUGAACAGCCUCUAUCUGUUCCUACUGGCCGGCUGUCUUUUCACCACAGCUACCAUUCUAAUGGUGAUAUUCCGUAUGACACACUCGAAGAGGAAGAAACGACUGGCUUACGCGGCCAGAGUUCCUAGACCGGAAUUCCUCGUCUACGUAGGCAGGAACAACGACGCGAUAGGGAAGAACGCGGAAUCGUACAGCAGGCGAUUGUUAGCACGAAACAAAGAUACCUCGUACUUCACGCUGCGUGGAAAAAGCAGACAACGGAGCUUGCAACCGCAGGACACGAACAUCUACGAGACACCGAGGUACGCGAGGCCGAACGAGCAUCACGGCGACUUGGUGGAUCCGUUCUACGCGAGGCAAAGAGAAGAGGCUGUGUACGCGGUGGCUGACGUGACCGAUGUCCGCGACGACACACCGGAAGUGUUGUCGCUUCAUCACGUGGAGAGCCCAGCCGCGGAGAGAUCGAACGCUCACCCGCACGACUACGGUUACGACUACGAGUACGAUUACGAUUACGGACCUCCGCUUCCGCAGAAGCCUCACGUAGUGUUCGUCUGAGCGCAGGCUCCGAGCUUCGAGCCACCGGACGAUACUGGAAAGUCGUAGGACGACGCGUGCCAGUGGUGUUUUUAGCGAGAACAUGUUGAGACCUGGGCAGAGAACUCUUUUCUUCGAAUAAAAGACUCGCGGGGAAGAAAGGGAUUAGCCCGUGACAACGGCUCCGUGCUUCGGUCACGUCCGGGGAUUACGGAAGAAAUUCCGGCGGCGACAGACUCGCGCGUUCAAUCCAUCGCGAGAGUCGACGAGAGAACAGCGUGGAGGGGCCCUUUAAUAGGCUCGGAUCUGUUCUAACUGAUUGGUAGAGAUCAGCCGUGAUACGGUAAUCCUUCGUUCGUCGAAGGUAUCGAUUCCGUCGUUUAUGGCAUGAGAUUCACCUUUCUCGAGGAUAAAGUUUCCGACGCGUUGCUCGACCGAUCCAGUAGAUCAGAGAGGGGGAGGGUCCUCUGCUGAUCGGAUCGUGGUUCAGGCAACACGUGGUACACGAAGAAGAAGGAGUAGAUCGUCGUCCACCGAUGUAGAACGAGUGCUUUGAGAAUGCCUGGCUGAAAGGAGAGAGAGAGAGAAAGAGAGGAGCUGACUCGUGGUGGACGAGUUGAAAAUGAAAUGUCUUCCGACGAGAUAGUCGCGCCGCUGGAGAACAGUAGAAUGCAUUUUCGCGCUGGGGGAACGCAAUCUGACUCGGAAUGUAAAUUGUACGGGCGCAUAAACGUGGCCGCCACGUUGUGUAGUACACGAGGGGGGCCGAAGCGCGCCCGUUACAGGGAGGGAACGUAUUUAUUUUCACGGAUUGCGUCGGAUUCCGUUGGUUCAGUGCAAAUGCUGGGCGCCGUGUUCCGAGGCGGGCGUUCAUUUCGCAUUUAAACGUAGUGACAAAUCAAAUCAAAGCAGCGUCUCGUUAGUCCGUUUAAACCCUCCUAGAGACUAGGCGUCCCCAAGAUUACUCUUCCUCUCUCACUCGCGUUCCACUAUCUGUGUUUCGGUCUUUUUCUUAGUUCUCUCCCAUUUCUA